AUGUUCAGAAUUCGCUGCCAUGGCGCCCGCGCGUAUUCUGAAUACGCUAGGCUCACGGCGCAGUACGGCAAGCUCGUUCGUAUAGGUCCUAACGAUGUGAUCACGUCCGAUCCGGAGCUUAUUAGGCGCAUGUCAGCAGCGAAGUCCACUUAUGAGCGCAGCAGCUGGUACAAGGCGACUCGGCUAGAUCCAUACCACGAUAUGAUGGGCAGCGUGCUUGAUAAGUCUGCUCAUCACUCUUUGAGGACGAAACUGUCUCCAGGUUACGUGGGAAAGGACAUCCCAGGACUAGAGGCCAGUAUUGACUCGGGAAUCGCGGAACUGGUCGACUUAAUCCGCCUUAAGUACACGUCGAGGUCAAAGUUGGCCACCAUUCCUGAAACAGGCGGAAAGGACCAGGUCUCUAAGCCCUCGGAUUCGGAGUCUGUCGACUUCGGCCGCCUUGCAGACUACUACGCCAUGGAUGCGCGGUCGAGGAUGUCGUUCGGUCGGCCUAUCGGACUUCUGCAGAAAGACACGGACGUCUUUGGCCUUAUCAGAACGUCGAAUAUUGCCAUAGAUGUGCUGCAAUUCUUCACGGACAUUCCCGCGCUUCAAAUGAUCUUCACGUCGGAUCUCUUGCUGAGACUCUUGGGCCCAAAGCCGACGGAUUCGAGUGGUUUCGGAAAGAUUAUGGGACUUGCCCAGCAGCAUGUUGUGAAACGCUUCGCUCCGGAUGCAAAGGACGAGCCCGACCUACUUGGAUCUUUCAUUCGCCGUGGGCUUGACCGACGCUCCGCUCAGUCUGAAAUCAUGUUUCCAAUGGUCGCUGGCUCAGAUACAGCCGCAAAGGCCAUCAAGUGGACAAUGCAAUACCUACUGAGCAAUCCUUCCGCUUUCAAAAGGCUUGAAGAGGAAGUUAUGACAGCGAUUUCAAACGGAACAAUCUCUGACCCCAUCACUAACACCGAGGCUCUGAAACUCCCUUUUCUUCAGGCAGUCAUUUACGAGUCCCUCCGUGUUCAUCCACCAUUCACUGGCUUGCUCAUGAAGCAGGUCGGGUCUGAAGGUGAUGUGCACGAGGGUACAUUUUUGCCUCCAGGUACAAGAGUUGCGCACGACACGUGGUCAGUGACGCACGAUACACAGCUAUUCGGAGAGGACGCCCACAUAUUUCGACCCCAGAGAUGGCUCGAAGCCGAUGCGGUCACGGUUAAAGAAUGGAAGAAACGAACCGAGCUGGUUUUUGGUGCUGGUAGGUGGCAGUGUGCGGGCAAGGCGGUGGCCAUGAUAGAGCUGAACAAGAUCUUUGUCACUCUUAUUCGUAACUUCGAGUUUCUGCCGACGAGUGCUUCUAUGUCGGUUGUUAUCAAAGUUCGCGGGACGGAGUCGACAUGA